CGCAGAGAUGGGAGAGGUGAUAAUAUUCAUCGAAGAUAGAGAUUUAAAAUCGAAUUGCUCACGUUGCAGAAUCUGUCACGAAGAAGAAGCCGAGAGCUACUUUGAAGCUCCUUGUUCUUGCUCAGGAACCCUCAAGUUCGCGCACCGAGAUUGCAUACAACGAUGGUGCCAUGAGAAAGGAAACACCAUUUGUGAAAUUUGUCUCCAGGAGUACAAACCUGGAUAUACCACAAUUUCAAAACCAUCUCGUUUAAUUGAAGCAGCAGUAACAAUCAGAGUGAGGAGACAAAAUGGAGGAAGAAGAAAUAGAAGACUAGUGGAUAGAACUGAAUCAGAUUUUCAAGAAUGCAACUCUGAUGCUAGCAGAGGCACUUCUUGUUGUCGCUACUUUACUCUCCUUUUCUCGGUGGCUUUGUUGAUAAAGCAUGCGUUAGAUGUGGUUUAUGGAGCCAACGAGUAUCCCUUUACGAUUUUCACGGUAUUCGCAUUGAAGGCCAUUGGUAUACUAUUGCCAAUGCUCGUUAUCAUUCGGACUGUCGCAGCUAUUCACAGCAGUCUCCGACACCAAUUUCUCGAAUCUGAAGAAGAUGCGUUGACCUCUGAAGAAGAUGAUUAUGGUUUGGAGGAGGAAGAGCAACAACAACAUUUGGCUUAAUUUUUUUCUCUCUUCAAACCUUGUCAUUUUUUUGGAAACAAUCAUAUUUAAAAAUAGGGAUCUUUGACCACAAGCAAAUGUAAAUUAUGUUAAGAAUCAUAAGAGAGCUUUAAUCAAAGACCCACCAUA